GCCACUUUUGUCCGUUUCGGCACUAUUUUUGUCUGUUUCGGCACCGCCCCCAAAAUUCGUAAACAAUAAAUUCCACUAGGUGUCGUGUUAUAAUAUAUUGUGAAAUUUUGCUCACUUUGUUCUUAGACGCUUUGUUAGCAAGUUUAUUAAAGUUUAUUUGAAAUUUAUUAAGUAUAUCAUGGAAAGACCCACUAGAUCGAGGAAACAGCCCAGCCGGUUGGCAGAUUAUGAGGUUAGUGGUGAUUCUGGGUGGGUUGUGCGAGGCAGAGGUAGACGUGGUGGACGUGGUCUGGCUGUUCCUAAUCAACUGAUUCGGCCAAAUGCAUUGACAAUCCAAGGUCAAACAGGUUCAUUAACUUUAAAUGAACUGACACCAGAGGAAGCCGCUCAAUACCUGGAAGCCGCUCAACAACAUUCAUCAAGGGGAUCUAUCCCUGUAAUGGUUGAAGAACCUAAUAUCAUACCUACACCGGAUGAUGAAAGUGAAGAUGUAAGUGAAGAAGAGAAUGAAAGAAAUAGCGUGGAGAGUGAAAGAGAAAUCGAAGAAGAGAGUGAGCAAAGUGAUAUAAGAGGAAGUGAAGAAGAGAAUGAAGGAAAUAGCGAGAAGAGUGAAAGAGAGAGUGAAGAAGAGAAUGAAGGAAAUAGCAAGAAGAGUGAAAGAGAGAGUGAAGAAGAGAGUGAGCCAAGUACCCCACCCACACGAAGUCGUCGGCGUUGUCGUCGCGCGAUAGGAACGCCUUCUCCAGGACGUCGUUGGGAGGAACGUCGUCGAGCCCAUAAUCAUUCAGCCGAGAGGCAAUCUUUGUCAAGGAGUCAAAGCGAAGAAUCAAACGCAGAUAUUACCAAGAGUGAUCUAUCAUUAGGCGAAGAAACACUCGCUCCUGUGACUGAGGGGUCUUCUCAGCAACGUAAACGUCAGCGGGCUACACACAUGCGCUGGAAACUUGUAUUUAAAGCAGGAAAGAAGUUAAGUAAUAUCCUUGUUGACCGCAAACAUAGAUACAAGUUUGGUGUCUGGAAGGUGCUGAGUAAUGGUAUUCUUUAUCGGUGUAAUCAUCGACCACAGCAGAAUCCUUGCAAAUGCACAGUUUUGCAAUCAGGCAAUGCAAUCAUCCAGCGAGGAGUGCACAUUACUUCCUGCCCAAAACAAGAAAAUAUAUAUGAGUCGCUAGUCAUUUACAGGGACGCUAAGCGUGAAGGAUUGAAAAAUAAGGGGAAAUCUGCUAAGGCCAUUACCGACCCCAUCAUCGCUAAGCACUUUGCAUCAAAUAGGAGAAUGAAACUUGUGAAUAGAACACAAGUCUGUAAAUCAAUCAACAAGGCUAGAGCGAAGACUCGUCCAAAAAAUCCAAAAACACUGGAUUUUUCAUUUGAGGACGAUGGAAUUCCGGAUGGGCUAAACCUUCAUGACGUAGUAACCGCUAAGCGCAGACAAGGUUUAAUAAAAGCAUAUCGUACAGACAUGCUAAUUCGUGGGAUUUGCAAGAAAAUGAUGUCUCUCCAUCUCCUCCCACACCCUAGGCAUGGCAAAAUCCCUACUGCCUUUGCAAAUUUAAGAUCAGCUGUCUGGGAAAUUGAAAACAGGGAGAACCGAACUAUGAUUCGAAAACUGUACAACUACAUGGAAAAUACCUGGAUCGACAGCUUGCUUUGGCCUCCCAAAGUUUGGUCGGUCUUCAUGCAAGAGGUGAGAACCACUAAUGACGUUGAAGGCUGGCACACACAUCUAGCAAAUCACGCUGGAUUUAGCAUUAGCAGUAAAGGCCUCAACCUGUAUAUUCUCAUCGAAGUUCUCUACGAGGAGGCUAUACAGGUUGAUAUAUACACAAAGAUGCUUGAACAGGGUCAACAACUGAGAAGACAGCGAAAAACUUUCAAAGAAUUAAAUUUAAAACUGUUUGGUUUGUGGAACGACUAUUCCAAACAAAAGAUAACGACCGCAGAACUUUUAGAACAAUGUGCAGAUAUUUACACAAAGUUCAACGCAAUUAAAUAUGCAAAAACGGCGAACGAUGCUCGUCUCUUUGAGUUAGAGACAGAAUAGAAAUUAAGUGUAUGAACAAAAUUGUAUUGGAUGGCUCAAAAAAAAGAAAUACAAAGAGAACACUGUGUUCACCAAAAAAUAUUCAAAAAUUUCACCAAACCCAAAUCGGUUCGGGUGUUUACCGAAAAAAAUUACACAUUCCAUAGUGAACACUACCCCGAACCGUGCCACCGGUUCGGGUGUUCACCAAAAAAAAUUCAACAUUCCAGAGUUGUUCAAAUAAUAAAUACAACAAGUACUCACAAAUAAAAUAAAGCUCACAAAUGAAAUCCAAUUUGAAGAAAUAUCAGCAAACACCACGCCAAUAAAAAAAGAAAAAAAAAUCAAGAGCUCCGC